AUGAUCGCAUUUUUAAUCUUCGAUUUAGAUACAGUCGUUGAAAACUAUGAUACUGAUACUAUUAAAACAUCCAGUACAUCAGACGAUGCUCAUCUUCGGGAUGAAACUGUUCAUAAUGUCAAACAAACAGACAUCGAAAACAGAAGUAUCCCUGUUGGGUCUGUAGAACAAUUAUUGAUCUUGGGAAUUUCUCACGAAACGGAAGGCCGAAAUGAAGAAGCUAUCAAAAGCUACAAACAAGUAGUUCAAAUUGCGGAUGAAACAGAUCGCAAUGACAUCAAAUCAAAAGCUUAUCAACAUUUGGGGAACGUAUUUACUGGACCUUCCGAGUACAAGAAAGCAAUCGAGUAUUAUCAGAAGGCACGUGAAAUAUCUCCAGACCUCGAGGGAAACGAGCUGGAAAUAGAAGCGUAUCAAUGGUUAGCUUACAACCACAUCCGGGCUGGUCAGUAUCAAGAAUCCAGAGAGUACUAUAACGAGGUGGUAAAACUUGCAUCACAGCUUGGAGACAAAAAGAGGAAAAUUAACGCUUACCUGGGGUUAGGAAGUGCAUUUCAUUAUACUGGCGAUUUUGAGUCCUCGCGAAGGUAUUUUUUAAAAGCUCUCACAGUAGCAGAACAACUUCAUGACAAAAUUCUCCAAAAAGAAGCAUAUAGAAACUUGGGAGCUGUUUACUACAAUAACUAUAAGUUUGAUGCAGCUGUCAAAUCGUAUCUAAAAGUUAAAGAAAUUUCUCAUGAUCUUGGUGAAAUAGAAGAAGAAGCCAACGCAUGUCUCAUGCUUGGCGACACCUUUCAAGAAUUGAAGCAACACGAGGAAGCCAUCGAAUCUUACCAAGAAACUUUAAAUAUAUGUGAAGAAUUGGAGGAUAAAGAAAUGCAAAUUGUCGCAAUUCAGAGAUUAGGAACAUUAUAUUUAGUUUGUUGUAAAGAUUGCGAUUACGAAAAUGCAGUAGAAUGGUAUGAAAAAGGUAUAAAAAUCCUUGGAUCACAGCCCAAUGAUCACCUCCUGCAUGUGAAGGCACUUACUGGUUUGGGAGACGAAGAAUUAGAUGAUAAAGUAAUGCAAGCCGUCGCAAUUCAGAGAUUAGGAACAUUAUAUUUAACUUUGGCAUCAAUUUGUUGUAAAGAUGGUGAUUACGAAAAGGCGAUAACAUGGUAUGAAAAUGCAUUGAAUAUUUCUGGAAAAGAGAUCAAUGACAAUCGCCUCCUGCAUGAGAAAGCUCUUACUGGUUUAGGAACUACCUGGUUUCGGCUUGGAGAUACAGGAAAAGCGAUGGAGUCAAUUCAAAAAGCUCAAAAGUUUGUUAAGGAUACCAGAACAAGUAGGCUAAAGUUAUUAUAAAUUGCUUUAUUUUGUCUUUAUUUUGAUUGUAGAUCAAUUUGGAACAUUUCUUCCAUAUGUAGAUUCUUCAAACAUUGAAACUCCGCAAGAGAACAAAAAUUCUACAGAGCAGAAAGCAUCGCCCUCGUCAGCAGUACAAGGUAAAAUCGAUUGCUGCUGUAUUUCAAUAUAACCUUGGUAUUGGUGUUGUUGCACUAUUUUAAUUCCAAAAUAUACAAUAUGAUUGCACAACUGUGACAGUCAGAAAAAUACGUUUAUGGGGUUUCAAUGAGUUGUACGGAUUCUUACUUGAACAAAUAUUCACAAAUUUCGUUUAAUGCAAUGUUAGUUUUAAAAUAUUCCAAUUCUUUCUCUAUAUUCAGAUUCCAAAGAAGUUCACGGUACGCAUGCUCAAGAAAGUCCGCCAGAGCUACAAGCAUCGUCGUCGCAAGAACGAGGUAAAUUAUUACUAGCAUCCGAGAUUACUUUACUAUCCAUAUUGCUAUAUUACAUGCUAGAUUACCUCUCUCCUCCGCAGAGGCUUUAGUUUUCUUAGGAUUUAAUAUUACGAUGAAAUACAUUUCACUACACUUUACAUGGCGGAUCUUGGAACACGAGCGUAGCCGCUGGGCGAAGGAGCGCAGCCAAUUAAAGCCUCUGCGGAGGAGAGAGCUAGAUUACUAUUAAUUGGCGCUUGCCACAGAACACAACAAUUUAAAACAUUCAACAAAAUAAUGAGAACGAUAUACAUUUAUCACGACAGGCAAAACUAUAUAGCAAAAGAACCGAACACACUAUGAUUUUUCAAAUAGCUUAAUGAUUUUUCAAAUAGCUUAAUGAUUUUUCAAACAGCUUAAUGAUUUUUCAAAUAGCUCCGAGUGAUUUAAAUGAAAAGAUAGCUUAGCAAAACUUUCUCACAAAGUGAGUGCUUUUUUCUUCAGUCUGCAAAAUAAAGAUGUUCAUAAAUUCUGGGGCAUAUCGUCACCAAUGGUACACUUAUACCUCGGUCAAUGUAUGUCAAUGGGGUCCAAUAUCAAUAUUUUUAAAAUUAAUAUACCUAGGUGCAAUCGAAGACAAAGAGUUAGAAAAUGUUGUCAUGUUUGAAGAGAAAGAGCCAGAAAUUACAGGUACAAGCUUAAUAAAUUAAAUUAAAAUUCAGGUUUACAAAAAAUAAUUUCUAAUUUUUCAGCAACUGAUUUGAAUCUUUUGAACAACACCGAUUAUAAGAUGUCCAUGUACCAUUAGUAUUCCUUCACUUUUAUCCAUUGUUCAAGGUGUUAAUCACAUAUUAUGAUGAUGAAAUUUUUCAGGCGGUCGUCAGCGGGCAGAAGAAUUGGUGGAAGAAGAAGCGUGCAACCCAAACAGAACAGAAGGAUAUUCUCUGGAAGAGUUGGUUCUUAUGGAAAAAUAUGUCAAAAUUUCACCUUCAUACGUGUACAGUCGCCAAAUAUUACCUAAGGAACCUUUCACUAAGAAAGUCUCCAACAUCAUGACGGAAAAUGUUAAAGCGCUAGCUUAUACAACUUUUUUGGGUAAAAACGAUGAUAAACCUCGAGGAAAUGAUGGAAAAUUUGACAAUAGGGAUCAACAACUUUUCAACUUUGCAAAAAGUAAAGUAUUUAAAAAUGCUUCGACUCAGAAGCCUGCAAAACUAAAUGAAAAUUUAGUUUUAUACAUGAGAUCCAUUGCUCGAAUUGUAUGUGGCGGGGUUCCUUGUGGGACAUGUUUUCUUGUGGCGGAUGCACUGGUGAUAACUAACUAUCAUGUUUACAGGAUGAUUAAAGAUGAACGAACUAAGCUUGGAAAUCCCAACUUGCCCAUCACCGUUCAGUUUGAUUAUCUGGACCCUGAACAAACAGAACAUAUUGUUUGUGUAGAAGUUGAUGAAGAACGGAACACCACACUUGAGAAUCCAUACUUGGAUUACAAACUCUUUCCUUUGAAGCAAAGUCUUAACGGUCGUGUUCUACUAGGUCCGAUGGUCAGAAAUUGGAAAUUACCAAAUGGUUUAGUUGUUAUCCUUGGUCAUCCGGGAACAAAGGAAAUGCGGGAGGAAGUCUGCACUGUUAUCGGCGUUUCCUCUAUUCACGAGACAAUGAGGAAAAGACAUGAAGUGUGCACAGGAGUACACAUGACCAACCUACAGUUACUGCAAGAGAUUGAGUGCCAAUUACCAAAUGUCGAAGAUUGCCUAUCAUACGACACAACUCUUUUCCAUGGUUCAAGUGGUUCUCCUGUUAUUGACAUGAAUGGAAACAUCGUCGCAAUGCACACACAGGGAUACCGUAUGUACGGAGUAGAAGAAAAUAUUUCCAAUCAGCAAAAUUUAAGAAAAUACUCGCUGAUGGAGUUCGGUGUCCAGUUUACUUCAAUAUACAGAGAUAUGCUACAAUGGGGAGAUGAAAUUGUCAAACAAAUUUUUCCAAAUUGCAACGAGCCAAUGGAUGUCAUCUAG